UUUCUCUCGCUUUUCCUUGUUCUCUUACAAUGGCACCGCGAGCCGACAUGAAAUGCUUUCUAAUCAUCGUGCCUUUCGCCGGCCUACUUGUCUAUCUCGACGCGAAUCUCGACUCUCUCAUUCGCCUCAUUCUCUCAGUCAUUUUCUACGGCAUUAUUGGCGCCCUUUUCUACAACUACGUCAUCGCAACGCUCAUAGCAAAAAUCAUAGACGUCAUCAAGAUGAGAGAAAAUAGAGAAAGCGCGGUUGUGUCAUUGAGUGAAAGUGAAGUGUUGGAGAGACGAGAGGCGGUGAGAGAGAGACAACAGAGCCAGUGGAGUGAGGAUUCUAGGGAUUAUGAGGAGAGAGUGGUGAGACCGAGGGAGGAGGCGAGGAGGAGGAGAGAGGAGAAGAAUGUUAAGUUUGCUGUGAGGAUGUUUCCGGAGGGAGGAGAGAAGUUGGGGGAUGCACCGACACAAAGUGACAGAGACGACGAUCAACCACCAAGUGACGAACACAGUGACAUCAAUCUCUCAGACGACACCAAUGACGAGUCAGACAUGCACAAAAAUAACACCAUCAUUAUUGGAUUUCGUCUUCCCACUGGCUCUAUAAUCAAGAAAGACUUCAGAAAGACAUCAACAUGUCUGUCAGUAAAACGAUUCGUCGAGCAGCUGGGAUAUCCACUCACCAAAUUUCAAGUACUCACCAGCUUUCAGAGGAAAACGGUCGACCUGGAUGUCGAUGGUAGUCUGGAGGAUGCAGGUUUCUCGACUAACAUUAUGUUUAUUAUUGAAGAGGUUGAUGGACUUAGUUAAUUAAUUAAUUAUGUAAAAGAUUAAGAUUUUGGAAACUCGGAAAUUGAAGUGUCAAGAUUAGUGUAGUGAAAGUGAUUUGAAAUGAAAACGAAACGAUG